AUGCUCAAUCUGAGAUCUCAACAAUUCCUUGAAGAAUCGACACAGCGAAUUGACACAUUAAGCUUUUUGCUCUCAGAUGCAUUUAACAAAGCUGCGAAGUUCUCAGAGCAAGCAAAUCUUUCUCAUCAAUCAAUUAUUGCUUCACAAAAAGCUAUUGGGUACACAAAAGACUGCACCAUAUUCAAAAAGACACAACCAGAAUUAGCAACUUCUUCUGACAUCAUUUUGUCCAAGAUAAAACAGUAUGAAACAUCAAAAAUACUAGAUUCAGACGUUAAUUCAAAACUCCAUGUAGCAUUUUGCUAUAUAGCUAUUUGUGAUUACGUUAGUGCUUACAAAAUCAUUGAUGCAAUUAGUUUAAAUUUAAUUCUUCAAAAUUCAUAUCAUGCGCUUAUAAUCGGCUCUUUAUAUCAAUAUUUUGAGUUUCACGACAAGUCAUUAGCAUAUUUUACGAGUUGUGACCCUCAAACUAUGGAAACCGAGUACAUUUUUGAAUUAUUUUUCAGAUUCUCGAUUUCAUAUCGUGCGUUACGUUGUGCAAAUGAAUGCAUCCAAUGUAUACAAAAACUUUACGAAUUUAUUCCAAAUUAUCUUAAAAAAUUUGAUAUCGACUUAAUUUUAGCUUCUGCAUAUCAAGACUUUGGCGAUUACACUCAGGCGAACUCAAUUUACGCACAGCUUUACACAAUGUUCCCUGAAAACACGAAUGUACUUCAAUCUUAUCUUUGGUGCUUAUAUUUGGAUGCAAAGUCAACCAGGAACUUUGACAAAGUUGCAGAACUCGCGAAGUAUGUUUCCGAGAAAUUUCCAACAGUUGUUCCGUUGAAUUUAAUUUGCGGAAGAAUUUUCUUGACGAUGAACAACAAUCCAUCAGCAUACAACUGCUUUACACGUUGUAUCAAAGAUAUGUGCUCUUCUCCGUACUUUUGGUGCAUGCUUGGCACUAUUUACUUCAAAAACGAACAAUUCGAUGACAGUAUCAUCGCCUACCGGAGAUCUUUGUUCUUAAAUAUUACUUGUGCGGAAGCUUGGUAUAACCUUGUCCUUAAUUCAAUCAAAAAAGGUGAAAAAGAAUCAACAGAAAAUUUGAUCGGAAAUGCUCGAGGAAGUUGCCCUGAUAUUGUACCUACGUUAGAGGCAUUGGUACAGAAUUCACAGGCAAUGCUCAUGGAUAUCGACGAAUCAAAGCUUUUGUCACUUCCUUCAGAUUAUUUGGUUCGAUCAAUUUUAGACCCUUUGCCUCAAAUAUUGCCUUCGGAUUUGGGACUUCCUGACAGCACUGUUCUACAUUUACAAGUCAGGGAUGUUCAAUCUUUAUUUUAA